AUGUCUGAGUCCUCCGAGUCGGCCUCUCUCACAGCGGAGCUCAUCCUCGAAAUACAAAGCUCGCUUGUGCUCUAUCGUUGUCUGCUCGCCGCUUUCACGAUAUACGUCUUUGACCGUGUCCUCACCUUUGACUCAGAGGUCGAGUAUAUCUGGCGCCGUAAGAAGUCUGGCGUCACGCUCCUCUACGCAUCCAUGCACCUCUUGGAGAUUGCCACUCGGACGUGCGUCAUCGCAGUGGACUUGCUCGUGCUGCUUGUCACCUGGAAGGAGACAUACGGUAUACAAAGGAGUGCUAAUGCUAUGAAUGUCAAAACAUCCAUCGUGACACUGCUUCUCCGAGAUGGUACUGUAUACUUUGGGGUUCUUCUGGUAAUCAACAUCAUCUGUCUGAUCCUAUGGGUCACGAACGUCCUACAGGCGGCGAGCACCUUCUCCACUGCCCACACUCAUGGGUUUCUACCUGGCAGGCUCAACACCAUACUUCUGUCUCGCUUCUUCCUUAACCUUCGCGAAACAAGCGGUUUGCGUAGCGACGGCACCACCGACACCAAGUCCGAGCCAUCCGAGGCGCGCUUCGCUUCGCUUGUCUUCAACUCUCUCGGGGGUUCUCUCGCGCUGGGGCUGGAUGAGCAGCUUGACUUCGCAGGGCACACGCAGGACGGCACUGAAGAGUUGGAAGACUUCAACAUUACGAAUGAGGGCGAGUCGAGUAUUGGUGGUCAUACUGUGAGUUACAGCAUCGUGGAAGAGGAGCGGAGUGGCAUCUCUCCUGGAUUCGGUGGAUUGGGCAAUUAG